UUUGCUGCCAUUCAUUUCAACAUUGUUGCUCUGGGCCUUCCAGAAUGAUUUUGGCUCUUCCCGGAUAAUUAUUUUGAUGAUCACCUACUCACCUCACAUUGCACGAAAUAACCGGACCCCUCGUUGACGAGCCGACGACGUUACACCCUCCUACCCACCCUCCAACGUCCAGCCUCCGUUCUUCCACCUUCACUUCAACACCGCACCCACCAUGUCCGUUUGGAACCCCGAUAAUAUUCGCGAUGUCGCCGAGUCGGUCGGUGUUGUGAACCUCAGUAAUGAUGUAACCGAGAACCUUGCCCGCGACGUCGAGUACCGCAUCGCGCAGGUCCUGGAAGAAGCCCUCAAAUUCAUGCGCCACAGCCGACGCACGCUACUCACAACACAAGAUGUCGCGCAGGCCCUGCGCGUACUGGACGUGGAGCCACUGUACGGAUACGAGUCUACAAGGCCCUUGCGGUUUGGAGAAGCAUCACUGGGGCCUGGUCAGCCGCUGUUCUACGUGGAGGACGAGGAAGUGGACUUUGAGAAGUUGAUAAAUGCGCCGUUGCCCAGGGUUCCUCGGGAGGUCUCCUUCACAGCCCAUUGGUUGGCGGUUGAAGGUGUACAACCGUCCAUCCCCCAGAAUCCUACGGCGGCCGACUCGAGAAACAUGGAACUGAUGUCCAAGGGACCCAACGCAAGCUCUACAUUGGCGGCCAUGAGUGGAGGAGGAAAUGUCUCUGUCAAGCCCCUGGUGAAGCAUGUGCUUUCCAAGGAGCUGCAGCUAUACUUUGAGAAGGUCUGCAACGCCUUCCUGGACGAGUCCAGUGAGGAGUACAGGACGUCGGGUUAUGCUAGUCUUCGAGAAGACCCUGGGUUACACCAGCUGGUGCCAUAUUUCGUGCAGUUCAUUUCGGAGAAGGUGACGCAUGGGCUGAAGGACGUCUUUGUCCUGACGCAGGUGAUGCACAUGGCCGAGGCUCUGGUACAGAACAAGUCUCUCUACGUGGACCCUUAUAUUGCCUCACUUGUUCCACCGAUUCUGACGUGCCUGAUCGGCCGACAACUCGGUGGCAGUGCUGAAUUGACGGAACAAUUUGCCCUGCGCGACCUUGCGGCAUCGCUUCUGGGCCUUAUCGCCAAGAAAUAUUCCAAUUCGUCGCAUACACUGAAGCCACGCUUGGCCCGGUCGUGCCUGAAGACGUUCCUGGACCCGUCCAAGCCGUUUGGGGCGCACUAUGGCGCGGUGAUCGGACUACAUGCGGUUGGCGGUGCGGAGGCGGUGCGGGUGCUGAUCAUGCCUAAUCUGCCGACGUACGGCAACCUGCUCAAGGAUGGGAUGGCGGAGGAGAGUCCACGCCGGCCGGAAGCAGAGCGGGUGCUUAGCGUGCUGCUGGGGGUGCUGAACACGCUACGGGAGGGCCGGAUGGCACUGGCCAACGGUCAUGGCGCGAUGGUGACGGAUGGCCUUCGAGAUCGGCUGAGUCAGAAAGUGGGCGAGUUCCUGGCCGCAAAGAUUAGUGACGCGGGGGAAGUUGACCUGGCUCAUGCCAUUGUGGAGUCCUCAUCCUGAUUCUACAUUGUCUCUCUCACUACAGCAAGUAGCAUCAUUUGUAUCUACUCUGGAUGUACAUCUUAGGGGGUGGGUGAAGAGGCAUGCGUGAAUCUUUUCUACAUUCUUGUUAGUUAAUUCUUUGUUGCUGGGCAUGGACAGAAUCGGCGUUUUGGGAAAAGGGUGUUUAGAAGGAGGGAAUCGGGGCUAUUCUUGAAUGCUAG